UGCAACGCGUUUGCGCAAGCUGCAUCUCUGCACCAUCACUGCUCUGUGCGUGAUGGUCUGUUCUCUCUGCUUCAUCCACUUUCACUCUCACGCUCGUACACUACUCACCUCUAGUCCAGGACCUUCAGUCUCAGUCUCACCUCUCAACCCCAAUUAUUCAUCGUAAGCCCCUUUUCCACUUGUUCCUCGCGUCCGCUUAUCUGCUUGUUGUUCCCAUUGACGCCAUCUCUUAGUCUAGUCAUCGUUGUCUAUGAUCCCGCACACCAUCGUUCUUGAAUUACACACACCCAUCCCCCCAUGUGGUUGUUCUCCCCAAACCCUUGGAACCUUGCCUUUACACCGGAGGCCCUGCGGUAACCGAUACUCAUCAGUACCCUGCCUCUCGAGCCACCAUAGGCAUAAUGUCGCAGGCUCUCGUACUAUCUCGGCAUGUCACUGAGACCGACGACCACCUGAAUCCCGUACCUGAACAUCAACACGCACCUGUCUUUGACAACUUCAUUCUAUCGUUAGACGUAAUAUGGCUUUUAUGAUUAUGAAUUUCAGGUAUGAUAUAAGUUGACAAACAGCAUCUGUUGCCGCGUCUUUCUGCUACUUGACAACGUGUCCAGCGGAUGCUCACCGUUCCAUUCGAGACUUGUGAAGCCCUCAUUCCCUGCCCACCACACGACCCCCCCCUAUCCCUACCCCCUUGUCCUGAAGCACCCCUGCCACCCUCCCCUCCCCUUGCCCCCCUCCACUCCCCGCCCUGAACCAGAACGCAUCCACCUCACACACCUCUCAUACUUCACACCCGAGACUUCGCUCUCACUCCUCUUCAUCCUGUGAUCGCCCACCUCCCGGACGCUGUGCUUUUGACUCUCUUUUCCCCCUUCUUCCAGCGUCCAUCUCUCACACCCCUUUCCGCUACUGCAAGUAGGGACAAGUAAUUAUCGCCAAUCCUCUCAAUCCCCCGCGAAUACCAAGAAUUUUAUCCAGCCGCCGAGUGCAGGCAUUGUGUGCAGGUAAGUGUGCGACCAGAACCGAACCAAGCAGCGUGGCUUGUAUCAUCGACAAAAAUCACCUUAUGUUUCCUACACUCCCCCCUACCGCCCAUCCCUCUUCCUCCUCUCCUACCAGCAGACAAGUAGUAGCAGCAAGAGAAGCCGCAUCACUCUCCCGGACACACUCUCUUGCGCCUCCAACACUCUGCUGUGCGCCAUAAGCCCCUCGGCCGCCUCUUCUUCUCUUCUGCUUCCUCCCCGCCACCUUCUGUCAUUUACAUUCCAGCUCCGUGCCCUUCCCACCACUUUCCAUCCUUCUACCGCCUCGCGCGUGAAGCCUUCAUUUCGCUGACCCAGUGACCAACGGAUCGCAGGCUCGAAUUUCCGCUCUUUUUCUGGGUUCGCGCGUACUUCUUGGAUCGACUCUUCACUUCUCUUCGCCUACUUUCAUUUAGAUGCAUUAUUUUCUGCGCCCAUUCAGCAGGCUCUGAACCCAUCCCCAACGCUCGAUUAUACCCGCGACCAUUCGCACACCGCCAUCAUCACGACGAUAGAAAUUGCCAACGACUAGGGAAGGAAAGAGAGUUAACGGGGAAGUUUAAUUGAAAUCCGAGAAAGAGUCGAGAAGAAGACCAACCCUCCACUGGACUGGGAUAUUUCGGAUCGGAAAGGAAAUCAGCAAGAGAACAGCCGUCGAAGAACCCCUGGCUAGCGACAAGCCAGAUCGAAUUGCCAGCCAUGGAUUACUACUAUGCAGGCUCCGAGAAGCCUUCGGAACGCUCAAGAUGGACACCUCUUACCCGCAUGCUUCUCUCCGGAGAGAUGACUCAGGAGAAGCAAAAGGAUUUGACGAUGCGGGAGCGCUUCGACCGUUGGAUGAUUAACGAAGGAUACCGAAGAGUAUUUGUUUUUGUGUUCCUCGUGCUUCACGGCCUUGUCUUCGCUUUCGCCUCCGUCAACUUCGCCCUCAAGGACAACUUGCAAAUAGCAAGAGACACAUUUGGCCCGACAUUCAUCAUUGCACGUUCAGCUGCGCUGGUGCUCCACGUCGACGUCGCUUUGGUCCUUUUCCCCGUCUGCCGCACGCUCAUCUCCCUGGCUCGCCAGACUCCACUCAACGGAAUCAUCCAGUUCGAUAAGAACAUCACCUUCCACAUCACCACCGCUUGGUCCAUUGUCUUCUUUUCGUGGGUCCACACCAUUGCCCACUGGAACAACUUUGCCCAGAUCGCCGCCAAGAACAACCUCGGAAUCUACGGCUGGCUGCUGGCCAACUUUGUCUCCGGACCCGGCUGGACUGGCUAUGUCAUGCUCAUCGCGCUCAUGGGUAUGGUCUUCACCUCGGUUGAGAAGCCCCGCCGUGCCAACUACGAGCGAUUCUGGUACACUCACCACAUGUUCAUUGUCUUCUUCUUCUUCUGGUCCAUCCACGGUGCCUUCUGCAUGAUUCAGCCCGACUUUGCUCCUUUCUGCACCAGCAUCGGCACUUCCGCCAUCGGUGUGUUUUGGCAGUACUGGAUGUACGGCGGUUUCGUCUACCUGGCUGAGCGUGUCGCUCGUGAGGUUCGUGGACGCCACAAGACGUACGUUUCCAAGGUCAUUCAGCACCCCAGCAAUGUCUGCGAGAUCCAGAUCAAGAAGGAGCACACCAAGACCAGGGCUGGACAGUACAUCUUCUUCUGCUGUCCCGCUGUCUCUCUGUGGCAGUACCACCCUUUCACCUUGACCAGCGCCCCCGAGGAAGACUACAUCUCCAUCCACAUGCGUGUUGUCGGUGACUUCACUCGUGCCGUCUCAAUGGCUCUCGGCUGCGAAUGGGAUAAGAAGAAGGACGAUGCGAGCAAGGUCGUCGGUGUCAACAGCGAUUCCAGCGAGGUCGACCCCGCCCUCCGCCGUGUCUUGCCCCGUGUCUACAUUGACGGACCCUUUGGCUCGGCCUCUGAGGACGUUUUCAAAUAUGAGAUCUCGGUUCUCUGUGGUGCUGGUAUCGGUGUCACGCCCUUUGCUUCCAUCCUGAAGUCCAUCUGGUACCGCAUGAACUACCCUCAGCAGAAGACCCGCCUGAGCAAGGUCUACUUCUUCUGGAUUUGCAGAGACUUUGGCUCUUUCGAGUGGUUCCGCUCCCUUCUUCUCGCCAUUGAAGCUCAGGAUGUCGAUAACCGCAUUGAGAUUCACACCUACCUGACGGCCAAGAUCAAGGCGGACGACGCGACGAACAUUAUGAUUAACGACGCCAACGCCGACAAGGAUACCAUUACCGGCCUGCGCUCGCCGACCAACUUCGGCAGACCCAACUGGGACAUGAUUUUCAGAGGUAUCCGCAAGCUGCACUCGCCCGCCGAGGCUGGUGUAUUCUUCUGCGGCCCCAAGGGUCUGGGUAGCACGCUGCACAUUUUCUGUAAUAAGUACAGUGAACCUGGCUUCUCGUUCGUGUGGGGCAAGGAGAACUUCUAAGCCAAAGUCGAAGAAAAAGAAAAAGGCAACAAUUUCGUUUCGUUUCCCUCUUCCACCAUAUUAUUUGUCAACAAUAUCAGCGUCGUUGCUUGCCUGUAUCAAUCUAUCUCUACCAUCAUAUAUCAGUUGUGGUAGGAUAGACCAUCAUGGAGUCUGAACCACGGGGUUGCAUGUUGCAGUUGCGCCGGACGCCGCGAGACCAGGUGGAUGCCAGGUAUUGGCGACACGGUUGACGGCAUCACAGGCAUGCCGUCGGAGAGGAGAAUUUGGAGUGCGACAGUGAGGAAGUGCAUCGGUGGAUGAUGAUAAUCUUGGGCGUCAUCCCCGCAACCCCUUGUGGAUAUACUAUUUACUACUACCGACAUUUACAUUGUACCUAGCGAUGCCAUCAUCAGUAUACUUAGACAGUUCUUGAUGCAGCAGGGCACAAGGCUCUUGCAAAAGUCAACUUGGUUUCCUUCAGCCGUUUCUCUCGUUGUCAAACACAGUCGUGCAUGUCUGUAAGGAGACAACUCCCAAGAUGAGGUGAGACGUGCCCCUUCCUCAAGUCUUCUUCGCCACUGUUCGGGCUCCC